CAGCGGCUGGGAGUGUUCGCCGGCCCGGCCCGGCCAUGCAGCCCUUGGCAGUAGGUCUGGUUCCCGCUCCGGCGAGGGAGCCGAGACUGACCCUCUGGCUGCGGACAGGCAGUGGGGUCUUGGCGCACCUGGUGGCUUUAGGCUUCACCAUCUUUAUGGCUGUGUUGUCCCGGCCAGGAACCAGUCUUUUCUCCUGGCACCCGGUAUUCAUGGCCUUGGCGUUCUGCCUCUGCAUGGCUGAGGCCAUCCUGCUCUUCUCGCCUGAACACUCCCUGUUCUUCUUCUGCUCCCGAAAGGCCCGGCUCCGACUCCACUGGGCAGGGCAGACGCUAGCCAUCCUCUGUGCAGCCCUGGGCCUGGGCUUCAUCAUCUUCAGCAGGACCCGCAGCGAGCUGCCCCACCUGGUGUCCUGGCACAGCUGGGUUGGGGCUCUGACCCUGCUCGCUACUGGUGGUCAGGCACUGUGUGGGUUCUGUCUCCUGUGUCCUCGGGCAGCCAGGGUCUCAAGGGUGGCUCGCUUCAAGCUCUACCAUCUGACUUGUGGACUGGUGGUCUACCUGAUGGCUACAGGAACGGUGCUCCUGGGCAUGUACUCGGUGUGGUUCCAGGCCCAGAUCAAAGGCACAGCCUGGUACCUGUGCCUGGCACUGCCCCUCUAUCCGGCCCUGGUGAUCAUGCACCAGAUCUCCAGCUCCUACUUGCCAAAGAAGAAAAUGGAAAUGUGAGUUCCUGCGAACUCUGAAUGUAGGUGGGACACUUGCCUCGGACUCAAAUGUUCCCUUUGGUGACCUUCAGGGGAUCCAUUUCAGAAGUGGUAGGGUUUUUGUACUUUUUAGCUGGGUCAGGGGCUGCAGAAACCCAAACUGCUAUUUCUGAUGACUACUCAGUGGGCCGAAAUGGGGAAGUAUAGUGGAUGCAUUGGAAGGUGAUGGGGGCGGGGGGCUUGAUCCUGAAGCCUCCACUCGAUGGGAGACGGAAGUGUUGGGUGGUGGUGGUGAUGGUGUUUGCAGUCAUUUCUUGCCUGUGUACCCGAUGGAGAAUUGGGUUCUGGUAACUUAUGAAUGACAGCAGUGGUUUUUGGGGUCUUUAGGAAAGCAGUGUGGAGAGAGACCCUGGGUUAUGGUUCCUGUAGGAUCUAUUGGGCAACCUUAGGCAAGUCACGUGUCUCGGGACCAGUUUCCGCAUCCGUGUCGUGGAUGUGUUUCUAAACAAUCUCCAGCAUUCAGUGUCUAUCAGGUUGAUGCCACAGAACACACUCCCCGCUCUGGACCACGGGCUGGACCACUAAGCCGACUCAGGACGUCAUUCCCUCUGCAGGGACAGGUCUGCCCUCGUGGCCUUCCAGGAAUCUGCCGAUUGGGCUCCUGGACUAGGGCACAGGGGGUCAGGCACUGUGGAGAGAAGAGUCCCAGAUGAGGCUCUCUUGAACUCCCAAGACAAUUAAAAGCACUAAAGUCACUUUAAAGCUUUUGUAGGAACAGAAGGGCAUUGGCUUCAGCAAGCCUCUGGCUCCUGGCUGGGCUUCUUAGCUCAGUGCAGAACGUCUUCAGCCCACCUCAGAAUCUGGGCUUGAGGGCUGCAGGACAUGAGCGAGCGCCUUUCCCUCCAGGCGUUCUGAGCGCUACAGCAGUCCUGAGCACCUCCUAGCCCUUCCUAGGGCUCAGGUACUUGCCCUAGCACAUAGCUUUGUGGAGGUAUUCCAAAG